AGUUUUCCGUUUCCUUUUGGUGGUGCCGGCGGCGGCGCACAACGGUGCGUUCAUGGCUGUGUUCCGCCUUUAACGACCAAACCAAGCGGCUGCCGGUGCUGAUUCCGGUACCGGCGAGGAGCGGUUCAAUGGAAUCCAUUGCUUCGCCUUGAUUCACAAGUACAUAAGCCCAAAAAAAAUAAAAAUUAAUGCUUGUGUAAAUAUAUAUACGUACACAUUAUACUCAGCUAGGAUUAUAAAUCCUACAUUCGCCGGAUCAUGAAAAGGAGUGAUAGCAUGAUUGCUGUGGCCAUAGACAGAGACAAAAAUAGCCAACAUGCUGUGCGUUGGGCGGUUGAUAACCUCCCUGUAAAGAAGAAUGGCGAAAUCCUCCUUAUACACGUUCAUCUCCAUAACGAAAAUCUCAAUUCCCAAAGCACAGUUGCUAGUCAUUCUCCCACAAUGGCUGAAAUGCAGCAGUUCUUCCUUCCUUAUCGUGGAAUUUGUGCUCGAAAAGGGAUUCAGGCACAGGAAGUGAUUCUCCAGGACACUGAUGUUGCACAAGCACUAACCGAGUAUAUAUCUCAGAAGUUCAUCACCACCAUCGUCUUUGGCGCUUCAACCCGGAAUGCCCUUACAAGAGCAUUUAAAAUUCAAGAUGUGCCAAGCUCUUUAUCCAGAUCUGUGCCUGAAUUCUGCUCAAUCUAUGCCAUAUCAAGGGGGAAGGUUCUAAAACUUAAGUCAGCAAGUCAACCUGCCACUCCUAGCAGUAAAGCAAGCUCCAGCCAAACAGGAUUCUCACACAAUUCCCCAAUUUCUCGAGCUCAUAUUCCCCAGGAGAGUUGGGGAAGUAUUGGGACCUUUGAAUCUAUUGAUGCUGGCAGCCGGAGCAUAUCUUCUGAUAGCAGUAGUGCCUCAGAUAGGCAUCCUGCAAGUCAGAGUACUUCACCAAAUUACAGCAGUGCUAGUGAGCGUACACCAAAGGCAUGGUCGGACAGCCGACACAGCAGCAGGAAUCCUUCACCAGAUCGAUCUGUCAGCACUAUCGGUGAAGUAUUUAAUAAAAUUCAACUAACGAGGCAGCCUGGCUGCAAGAAUCUUACUCCUAUCCCAUCGUGGAGCAAUAGUGGUGAUUUUGGUGAAUGGGCACCACCCGCAGAGCUAGUUGGAAGCAGUGAAAAUUCCUCCCAGGCUUUUAUGACUUCAAAUAUGGAUACUACAAAAAUACUACAUGAUAGACACCUUGGUAGCCUACUACCUCCAUCCCAGCACAAAGUCAAUAACCUAAAUCUUCGCAUGCACCCUAAAGAGAAUUCAUUCUACUCUACAUCUGGUUCGAGUAAUCUUUCAAGCUCCUCAAGUUACCGUUUCUCUGAUAUGUCCUUUGAGCAUUCGGACUCUUCUCAUAAUGUUUCAGAUGCUUCUAGGUGUUCCAUCUCCUCCCAAAAUGCAGAUGAGUUGGAGGAGGAAAUGAAAAGGCUAAAAUUUGAACUGAAGCAAAGCCUGGACAUGCACAAUGGAAUCUGUAGACGACAGGCAAGAGAGAUUGAUCGUUCAACGUCAAAAGAGGCAUGCAACUUAGAAGAAGCCAAGGAGGCCCCUGAGGCUUCACAUGCUAUGUCGGAAAAGGAGAAGCAAAAAUGCAAAGCUGCUUUAGAAGUAGCACAGAUGGCGCAACACAUGGCAGAAUUGGAAUCUAAGAAGCGAAAGGGUGUAGAAAAGAAAUUUCGGCAUGAAGCAGAAGAGAAGAAGAAAGCACAAGAUGCAUUUGCCGGCAGUGAAAAUUGCUAUAGGAGAUACUCAACAGAUGAAAUUGAAGCUGCAACAAACUACUUCUCCAAUUCACAAAAGAUUGGUGAAGGUGGAUAUGGUCCUGUGUACAAAGGCUAUCUGGAUCACACUUCAGUUGCUAUUAAGGUUCUAAGGUCGGACAUCACGCAGGGGCAAAUACAGUUUCAGAAAGAGAUUGAGGUUCUAAGCCGCUUGAGACAUCCAAAUGUGGUUCUCCUCUUGGGAACAUGUCCGGAGUAUGGUUGCCUUGUGUAUGAAUGUAUGGAGAAUGGCAGCUUAGAGGAUAGGUUGUUCUGCAAGGACAAAAGUUCUCCUAUACCAUGGCCUGCUCGUUUCAGGAUAGCUGCAGAAAUUGCUGCUGCUCUUCACUUCUUUCACCGAACAAAACCAGAACCCAUCGUGCAUCGAGACCUCAAACCUGCUAAUAUUCUCUUGGAUGCUAACUACAAAAGUAAGAUUAGUGAUGUUGGCCUAGCCAGAUUGGUUCCAGCGUCUGUCUCAGGCAGAUUCACUCAGUGUCUCAUGACAUCAGCUGCUGGGACAUUUUGCUAUAUUGACCCAGAAUACCAACAGACUGGGAUGCUGAAUACAAAAUCGGAUGUUUACUCUUUGGGAAUCAUGUUAUUACAAAUAAUUACAGCAAGGCCUCCAAUGGGUUUGACGCACCAUGUUGAGAGGUCAAUUGAAAAAGGAAAGUUUGAUGAUAUACUAGAUCCAUCAGUGAAUGAUUGGCCCUUGGAGGAGGCGCUAUCCUUUGCUAAAUUGUCUCUGAAAUGUUGCGAACUCAGGAGGAAGGACAGGCCAGACCUUGGUUCAGUCAUAUUGCCUGAAUUGAAACGACUAAAAAACAUUGCAUUAGACUACAGACCCAGAGGUCGACUCACUUUACGUCCCUCAAGUUCACAAGAGAGCUUAGCAGUGAGUGAGGAAGUAAGAAACAGCAUUUCUGACAGUCAAUCAGAUAAAGCAGCAUAACUGCUCUUGUACCUAUUGACAAGGUGAUACCGCUGGUCACCACCUCAGUUUUCAAGCAUAUUUUGGCCUCUUCAGUCCAGAAAAUCUGUGAAUACUAAAUGUACAGAGAUACAAUAUAUAGUCACCAUCACAGCGCCCCGUUGUAAAUUUGGAAACAGGAAAAUA